CCGAGAGGGUCGUGUGGGAUCCCAGUCCCUGAGCGUGGGUCCAUAUGGGACCCGACCCCCGGGUGCGGGUCCGUGCAGGGCCUGACCCUGAGCACAGGGCACGGUGUGCGCGGGCACGGCUGGGUCAGGGCAGGAUGCCACGUCCCUGGUGGGAAGCUGCCGGGGCUCUGCCGCGUCCUGACGUCGGUUCCCAUCCCGGAUGGCGACAGGGCAGGGCACGACUUCCCCGGGGAUCCCCAACCCCAGGACCUCCCAGCCCGUGGGGAGCUGGUUCGGCAGGCGGGGGCUGCGGGAACGGCCCAGCCCCAUCCCUGGGGACAAGCCCCGGUCCCGGGGGCACCGAGCGAUGCCCUGCUCUCCGCUAACUUGUUCUCUCUCGUCUCCCCGCGCCCGCCCCGCAGAGCGCCGGGUUAUGGUGGCACCGGGCUGAGCACCGGGACGCGCCGAGGCUGCAGCGGGGGCCGAGCCCGGAGCCAUGGAGGGGCCCGGCCAGGAGGCCUACGAGGAGGGGAUGAGGAGGACCCUGGACCCCGAAGGCUACGAAGACCCCGGCCUAAAGAGCUCUCACCUGUCACUGGGAGAGAUGAGCAGGGCCGGCGCUGGCAUCGGGUCCCCCCUGCGGGCGUGGAGGGCCAGGGCCGAGGAGAUGAAGCCCCUGCGCCAGUAUCUGCCCGGCCGCCGGGGAUUUUAUGACCUGGAUGGGAAGAGGCGCUCGGUCGGGGCCCCCCCGGGACACCCCAGCCGUGGCGAAGGGCAGCCUGUGUCAGUGACUGAUGUGGACCUGGAGGCAGGGGGAAGCAGGAGGCUCCUGUCCCAGCAGGACACCCAUGAGGGAUACGUGGAGCUGCACGAGCUGGUCCUGGACAAUGCAAAGGACUUGUGCUGGAUGGAGGCCGGGCACUGGCUCCAGCUGGAGGAGGACUUCCAGGAAUCAGGGGACUGGAGCCAGCCCCAUCUCUCCUUCCUGACCUACCACAGCCUCCUGGAGAUCCGCCGGGCUUUGAGCAAAGGUGCCAUUCUCCUCGAUGUGGAGGCCAACUCGCUGCCGGCCAUCGUCCACAUCGUCCUGGACCAGCUGAUCUACGAGGGGCAGCUGAAGCCGCAGGACAGGGACGAUGUCAUGAGGACGCUGCUCCUGCGCCACAGCCACCCCACCGAGGAUGAGUCGGUGUGGACGAUGCCGCCGGCGCUGGUGCAGCGCUCGGGCACCGCCCGGGGGGACGUGGAGCGGCCGCUGCUGAGGGAGCAGCGGCCCGUGGAGAUGAGCAGGAUGGCAGGGAAGGAGCAGAGCGGGGUCCCCAAACCCCAACUCCUGGAGACAAUCCCAGAGGGUGCUGAGGCCACCCUGGUCCUUGUGGGCUGUGCAGCCUUCCUGGAGCAGCCAAUGCUGGCCUUUGUGCGCCUGAAGGACGCAGUGACACUGGACGGUGUCCUCGACGUGUCCAUCCCCGUCCGCUUCCUCGUCGUGGUCCUGGGGCCCGACACCCCCCAGAUCAGCUACCACGAGAUCGGCCGCGCCAUCGGCACCAUGAUGUCCGAGAGGGUGUUUCGCAGGGACGCGUACCUGGCCGAGGCCCGGCAGGAGCUGCUGCAGGGUGUGGAGGAUUUCCUGGGUGCCAGCAUUGUCCUGCCGCCCACCGAGUCCCCCAACGAGCAGCUGCUCCGUGCCCUGGUCCCGCUGCAGCGGGAGCUGCUCCGACGGCGCUACCAGCCCCUCGAGAGGCUGCACAUCGGGGACUUCCUAAAGGAUCAGGGCCCGGACGAGACCGCGGCUGAGGAGGACGACCCCCUGCGCAGGACGGGGCGGCCUUUUGGGGGGCUGGUGCGGGACAUCCGCCGCCGGUACCCCAAAUACCUCAGCGACAUCAAGGACGCCCUCAACCCCCAGUGCCUGGCCGCCGUCAUCUUCAUCUACUUCGCGGCGCUGUCACCCGCUAUCACCUUCGGGGGCUUGCUGGGUGAGAAGACCAAGGGGAUGAUGGGGGUGUCGGAGCUGCUCAUCUCCACCUGUGUGCAGUGCGUGCUCUUCAGCCUCCUCAGCGCCCAGCCCCUGCUCGUCGUCGGCUUCUCGGGACCCCUCCUCGUCUUUGAGGAAGCCUUUUACUCGUUCUGCAGCAGCAAUGGCAUGGAAUACAUCGUGGGACGGGUCUGGAUCGGCUUCUGGCUGAUCCUGCUGGUGCUGGUGGUGGUGGCCUGCGAGGGCAGCUUCCUGGUGCGCUACCUGUCCCGCUACACCCAGGAGAUCUUCUCCUUCCUCAUCUCCCUCAUCUUCAUCUUUGAGACCUUCUCCAAGCUGGUCACGAUUUUCAAGACUCACCCUCUGAAGGAGACGUACGACGCGCAGGCUGGCCACCAGCCCAACACGGCGCUGCUGUCCCUCGUCCUCAUGGCCGGCACCUUCUUCCUGGCCUUCUUCCUGCGCAAGUUCAAGAACAGCUCCUUCCUGCCCGGCAAGGUCCGGCGCUUGAUCGGGGACUUCGGGGUGCCCAUUUCCAUCUUCAUCAUGGCGCUGGCCGACUUCUUCAUCAAAGAAACGUACACCCAGAAACUGAGCGUCCCCAAAGGGCUGCAGGUCACCAACCCGGCUGCCCGGGGCUGGUUUAUCCCCCCCAUGGGGAUCACAACCAAGUUCCCCAUCUGGAUGAUGUUCGCCUCCGUGAUUCCUGCCCUUCUGGUCUUCAUCCUCAUCUUCCUCGAGACGCAGAUCACCACCCUCAUCGUCAGCAAGCCCGAGAGGAAACUGGUGAAGGGCACUGGCUUCCACCUGGACCUGCUGCUGAUCGUGGUCAUGGGGGGGCUGGCAGCCCUUUUCGGGAUGCCCUGGCUCAGUGCCACCACCGUCCGCACCAUCACCCACGCCAACGCCCUCACCGUCAUGAGCAAAACCUCUGCUCCCGGCGAGAAAUCCCAGAUCCUGGAGGUCAAGGAGCAGCGCAUCAGUGGCCUGUUGGUGGCUGUGCUCGUUGGUGUCUCCAUCCUGAUGGAGCCCAUCCUGAAGUACAUCCCUCUGGCCGUGCUCUUCGGCAUCUUCCUCUACAUGGGGGUCACCUCCCUGUUCGGGAUCCAGCUCUUCGACCGCAUCCUGCUCCUGCUGAAGCCCCCCAAGUACCACCCUGACGAGCCCUACGUCACCCGGGUCAAGACUUGGAGGAUGCACCUCUUCACCUUCACCCAGAUCAUCUUUCUGGUGGUGCUGUGGGUGGUGAAGUCCACCCCAGCCUCGCUGGCGCUGCCCUUCGUCCUCAUCCUCACCGUGCCCCUGCGGCGCUUCCUGCUCCCCAAGAUCUUCCGGGACAUCGAGCUCAAAUGUCUGGACGCAGAUGACGCCGUGGUGACAUUUGACGAGGCCGAGGGGACAGACGUGUACGACGAGGUGCAGAUGCCCAGUUAAGGGCCGGCCCCCGCCACCCCCCAGCCCCGCUUCCACCUCCAGCGCUGCCAUCCCGGGGCCACCGGGCAACCAGGAAGGGCUGGGGACACAGUCCCCACCUGCCCACCCUGGGGACGGAGCCUUUCCUGUUCUUUCCGCGUUUUUGUCUAUUUUUAAAAGUAUUUUGGAUGAUGUGAUCUCACCCCCGCUUUGCUGCCCGCUGGGGAAGGGCUGCCUGGGCUGGGAUGUGUCACUGUCCCGUCCCCAGGGCCACCACCAGGCACCCAGCGAGGGGAGGAGCUGGAGGAAGACCCUGGAGGGAGGAGGAAGGCAGGGACAGAGAUACAGCAGAUGGGACCCUCCCCACUGCCCUCCCCUCCCGGGGAGCCCCCCCAGCCCAGCCCCUCUCCCCAGCUGAACUUUGAACAAGCUGGGACGGAGCCCUCACCCUGUGGAGCCCUUUUCCCAUUUUUCCCAUUUUUCCCCAUUUUUCCCCAUUUUUCCCAUUUUUCCCCAUUUUUCCCAUUUUUCCCAUUUUUCCCCAUUUUUUCCCAUUUUUCCCAUCACUUGCUCCGUGGGAUCCCUGCAGCUGCUCCGCUGCAAUCCCAGCACAUCCCGGAGUCAGGAUGUAAAUAGCCCAGCAAGGGGGUUCAUACAUUCAUACAUUUACAACAAAAACAAUCACGCUAAAAACACACCAAAAAAAAAAAAAAAGCUUCCAAUUGUACUGAUGCUUCUGCAGG